AUGGCGGAGUCGAAUGGGGCGCCGCAGAAGCGGUUCCUCUACAUCACAGUGCAGGAGGCCUCGGGGAAGAGCAAAGACCAGGAGGUGCUGUGGGAGCCGUCCUUCACGGAGGGGUUCGUCAGAGUGGAAGUGAGGGGUGGAGUGAAGACCAUCAAGGCCAGCACUAUGACCCAGAGUGUGCAGAAUUUGUCGAUUUCGUGGAAACAAGAGUUGCGAGUCGAGGUGACCGAUGACUCGAAAGAGCUGCGCAUAAUGCUGUGCAAGGAGAGGCCCAGGGAUGCGUCGACUGGAGCGCAGCGGCGCAACACAGCUAUUCUGGCGGCAUGUGGAAUCUAUGUCAAGGAUGUCCUUGAGGCUGUCCCCAUCGACAAGUACUUUGAGCUAUUCAAGCCGAGCACAGCUGACAGCCAGGAGCGCGCUCUGGGUGGCUUUAUUCGUGUGACACUCCGGGGAACAAGCGCCAACCAAGGCCGGAUACCCCCUGACCCUGCUCGCAAACCUGCUGGAUUAUCUGCUGAUGUGGCAGCUGCUGUUCAAGGCCGGAUCCAACAGCAAGCAUCAUCAGGGGCGCCACAGCAAGGGGGAGGCGGGGGCAAACGCAUCGGUCGCAUCAUAUUGCUCUGCGGCGUGGCAGCUGCGAUAGCCGUCAUCAAGACACUGCAGUCCAGGAAGAAGUGA